CGCCCCUCGGGGGGCGCGCGGAGAUCCAGCCGCUGCCCCCGCUGCCUCCCGGCGCUGGCGGCGCGCACUCGGGCUGCUGUGCGUCCGCGGCCGCCCCGAGCCUCCUGUUGCUGGACUACGACGGGUCGGUGCUGCCCUUCCUCGGGGGCCUGGGCGGGGGCUACCAGCGGACCCUCGUGCUGCUCACCUGGAUCCCGGCGCUGUUCAUCGGCUUCAGCCAAUUCUCGGACUCCUUCCUCCUGGACCAGCCCAACUUCUGGUGCCGCGGGGCCGGCAAAGGCUCCGAGCUGGCGGGGGCCACCGUGACUGGCCGGUGGGGCGACCUGGGCAACUGGACCACCCCCCCAAGCACCCCCUUCUCCACUGCCGCCUGGGGAGCCACGGGCAGCGGAAGCAACAGCAGCGGCGUGGACGGGGGCGACACGCCGCCCCUCUCAUCCCCUCCGGACAAGGGGGACAACGCCUCCAACUGCGACUGCCACGCGUGGGACUACGGCAUCCGCACCGGUCUCGUCCAGAACGUGGUCAGCAAGUGGGAUCUUGUAUGUGACAAUGCCUGGAAGGUCCAUAUCGCUAAGUUCUCCUUACUGGUUGGAUUAAUCUUUGGCUACCUAAUAACUGGAUGCAUUGCUGACUGGGUUGGCCGUCGGCCUGUGCUGCUGUUUUCUGUCAUCUUCAUUCUGAUCUUUGGACUGACCGUGGCGCUCUCGGUGAAUGUGACAAUGUUCAGCACACUCAGGUUCUUUGAAGGAUUUUGCCUGGCUGGAAUAAUUCUCACCUUGUAUGCGAUACGAAUAGAGCUGUGUCCGCCUGGGAAACGGUUCAUGAUCACAAUGGUGGCGAGCUUCGUGGCCAUGGUGGGCCAGUUUCUCAUGCCUGGGCUGGCCGCCCUGUGCCGGGACUGGCAGGUGCUGCAGGCCGUCAUCAUCUGCCCCUUCCUCCUCAUGCUGCUCUACUGGUCGAUCUUCCCUGAGUCCCUCCGGUGGCUGAUGGCGACCCAGCAGUUUGAGGCCGCAAAGAAGCUGAUCCUGCACUUCACACAGAAGAACUGCAUCAGCCCGGAGAGCGACAUCAAAGGCGUGAUGCCGGAGCUGGAGAAGGAGCUGUCCCGGAGGCCCAAGAAGGUGUGCAUCGUGAAGGUGGUGGGGACCCGGAACCUGUGGAAGAACAUCGUGGUCCUGUGUGUGAACUCGCUGACAGGGUACGGGAUCCACCACUGCUUUGCACGGAGCAUGAUGGGCCACGAGGUGAAGGUGCCGCUUCUGGAGAACUUCUAUGCUGACUACUACACCAUGGCCAGCAUCGCACUGGCGUCCUGCCUGGCCAUGUGCGUGGUGGUCAGGUUCCUGGGGCGCAGAGGGGGCCUGCUGCUCUUCAUGAUCCUCACCGCCCUGGCCUCCCUGCUGCAACUGGGGCUCCUUAACCUGAUCGGGAAGUACAGCCAGCACCCCGACUCAGGGAUGAGUGACAGCGUGAAGGACAAGUUCUCCAUCUCCUUCUCCAUCGUGGGCAUGUUCGCCUCCCAUGCUGUGGGCAGCCUCAGCGUGUUCUUCUGCGCGGAGAUCACCCCCACGGUGAUAAGGUGCGGCGGGCUGGGGCUGGUGCUGGCCAGCGCGGGCUUCGGCAUGCUCACCGCGCCCAUCAUCGAGCUGCACAACCAGAAAGGCUACUUCCUGCACCACAUCAUCUUUGCCUGCUGCACGCUCAUCUGCAUCAUCUGUAUCCUCCUGCUGCCCGAGAGCAGGGACCAGAACCUGCCCGAGAACAUCUCCAACGGGGAGCACUACACGCGGCAGCCGCUGCUGCCACACAAGAAGGGGGAGCAGCCGCUGCUGCUCACCAACGCCGAGCUCAAGGACUACUCGGGCCUGCACGACGUGGCCGCUGCCAGCGACGGGCUGCCCGAGGGCGCCACAGCCAACGGCAUGAAGUCCAUGUAGCCGCGAGCCGCUGCCCCUCGAGCCUCGGGGGCUCCGGGAGCUGUGGGGAGUUCGGGCACAAGUUGCCAGAGCGGGGCAGGCCUGGCCGGGUCAGAGAGGCCAGCUCUGUUGCGGGUGCUGCCCGACUGUGAGGCUUUCAGCUGGUGUUGGGAAAUUCUGUCUUUCCAAAAGUCCAAGGAAUGGGUUGGAGGAACAGACUCUUCGGAAAUAACCCUUCAGAGACUUUCUUUUCUGCCAUUAAAUGUUUGUAUUUAUUUUGGUCAUUUUUACGAGAAGCACUUUAUUCCCUCUCCUCUCACUGAUCAUGGAGUGGAACCGCUGCCCUUGCCAGUGAGCAAGUCACCCUGAGGAAGACCCCGUGAGUGACCCGCACCGUGGCCGGCCUCCUCCCCGGGGGCACGCGCGGCUGCACGGCCACCUGUGGGCAGACGUGACACUCGCGUGGAGCCUCCCCAGGCCUGAACUCCACAGUGACAUGCACAUGAGUUUGGUCUUUGCUAGAGGCUGUGUAUGGUUUUUAAAGUCUGUUUUUUUUUUCCUUUCCGUGUGUAAGGUAAGCGCUUCCAUCCCGUGUGCUGGGGGAAUGCGGCUCCCACACAUCAAAACCAGCCUAGUCUUUCUUUCCUUCAGGAUCAUCCUCUGUACUUGACGCCGGAAGCUCUUUGAGGGAAACUUCACACUGUACCAGAAAUCGUAACUGACUGUGGUGAUCGCCCAUGCUCUGACAACAGGGUCGCUUAGUUGCGGACACGGCUAGCAGGUGUGUUGAGGUCUGGGACUUGUUCGUUUUAUGCAAGUUCCUCCCCAGACGUAGCUCCAGCAGAGCAAUUCCCCUUUUCCGGUCCGCUUUGUUGCCAGCACUACUUGAAAACCAUGGCUACUUUCUGAACUAAAACACUAGGAAAACAACUGACAAAGACAGCUAAGGCAAACCUCGGGAGGGAGGCCCUGCUCUCCCGAUCGUGGCCGUCACCCACAUCUCAAGCACACACCCUGAGACCGCCGGCUCGGUGGCUGUCACCCACGUCCCCAGAGCACAUACGGAGGCUGGCGGUCCCCGUGUCUCCCUCGGUCACCCCCUGCUUGUCGCUCACUGGCCACGGAGGUGGGGCGCAGGCAGGAGUGCAGGCUCCGCCCAGGUCAGUCCACGUGGCCACAGCAAGAUGAACUGAGAGAAGCAAUAACUCACCAAAGCUCAGCUCCACCCGCCGGCUCCAGGGUUCUCACCCGCACCUCAUCUUGCCUCAGACAGGAAGGUUCCUCCUGGUGUCUGCUGAGGACUGUGAUGCUGGGGCUGCUGAGAAACCAGCUCCCUCUCCAGGCAGGCACCGCUCUGCAGCUCCUCAGGCCUGCUCUCCUGCCCUCCCUCAGCUGCCCGCCUCGCCCUCUGCCUGCGCCUCUCUGCAGUGACUUCUCCCAGCCAAGGCACCCUGGGCUGCGGCUGGCAGUUAGGUGGCUUCCCCAGGACAGGGCUGGAGGGGUGAGUCCCUGCCGGGUGUUUCUCACUGUCCCCGCCCACCUCUCCUCCACAUCCGGUACACAAGGCACAGGAGCUGCUGCUGACAGGCCCUGGGGCACUGCUGUGUUUCCACCACUGAACCCGGGGUCUCCAGGGGCUCCCUCAACACCUGACACAUGGCCAGUCCCACUCGCCUGCCCCGAGUCCCACUCAUCCUCACCCUCCUGGCCUCACCUGAGUCACUCUCCCUCCAUGUUUCCUGUUAGUCUGAUACCUUCCCAAAGGCCUGUCUUUAGAUCUGCGCAGCCUUCGCGUGCUAAACUUGGGAAAUACCUUUCACCCUUCCCGGGGUACUGGCCACCAGGUCUCCUGGCAGCAAACCCUGCAAAGGACAGGAUGGGACAUUGCACAAGCUGUGAGCCAUCUCCCAGGGAUGUGCAGCCUUUAUAAGGAAAGCUGGAAGCUGCUGUGUGCUGCUGAAAUCACUUGGGGGUGGGGUCAAGGCAGGGCACGUCCAAGCUUCAGUCCCAGGGUCUCUGAUCUCCACCUCAGGGGACAAUGAUAAAAACCUUGGGCCUGAAUGGAGAGCUUCCUGCUUCAGCAAUCAGGACUGAGCCAUCAGUGACCAGAGGAGCUGCCAUUUGGAGGCCCAGGGUCGGGACCAAAGUCUAACAGUGCACAGGAGCCCGGCUGCUGCAGGGCGUCGCGGGCAGCAGGAGGUACCUGAGUAUAUCAGUGAAGAGCAGCCGCAGCAGGAAUCCACCCCCGGGGGCAUGGCCCUGAGUGGGUACCAGGAAGAGAGGCAGCAGCUCCCCACGCCUGGCACAUGCAGCCUGACAGGCUCCUCGGGUUCAGGGGCCUCUGCCCCACCUCCCCAGCACCAGGCUGCCAGGCCAAGGGCCAGGGUUCUGUGUCCUGGGAUCAGAGAUGCUUCUCAGGCUCUUGUCCUUCCUGUCCAGCCCGCCCACCCCCAGAUCAACUCCCUACCACCCUCUGCACCCAGCCCUGCACCUGUGCCUCCCUUUUUUGAUAAAAGUUAUGCACAAAUGUGAACACCUGAGACGGGACUGAAUAUUCCUUCAUUCUGUUCUUUUCCAGAAGUCAGUAGUAAUUCUUAUCAGACAUCCUAAUUAGUACCCAAGGCAAAUAGGAAAAAGAAGUCUUGAAGUGUUUUUGUUUUCUAAGACCCUAACUGCUUCCACUAGGAGGACAGGACUAGUAAGUUGGUUUGGCCACAGAACGCAAAGGCAAGCAGAAACAGAGCUGGCGAAGGAAGCGGCGCUCACAGAGCGCUCCCACGGCCAGCCAGAAAGCCCUGAGCUGGAAGUGCCAUUCAGGGCCUGGUGACCGUCACAUCGCCCAGCUCCAGGGUGGUGGGCGGGUUGGGGUACCCAGCUCCGGCCGUCUUGUUUCGCAGGACACCACCUCACCUGAAUGUAUCCUGUGUUGGAGAAGCAGCAGUGUGUUGUCUGGUGAGGAACGCGUCUCCACCUGUCCUUCCUGCAACCCAGCCUGUGACUGUCCGCGUCGACGGGGUCCCUCUGGCGGUACUCGUUCAUAGCACAAGCUUACACUGAGCUCUGAACUGUCGUGCACAGCUACAUGUCUGCAUGGUGUCGCAUCUGUUGUACUUUGGGGAAAAUGUGUAUGUAAAUGUACAGAAAUAAAAACGUUGCCCCAUGAACAGAUUUCCUCUGGAAUGUCUUCCCUACCUCACCUGAUGGUAUCCGACGAAGGGCAUUUCACUACCAUUGCUGACAAGUAAUAAAAACCCUCCCUGUCGAUAAGACCUCGCUGUAUCCCUCCUUGCCACACCUCUGUAUGCUGCGUCUUCGCUGCCCCGAGGGGAUGGUGGGCCUCGGCCCGUCCCAGAGCCCUAGUUUCAAAGGCAGUCAGACACAGAGAUCGGAUUCAGCAGAAACUGUCUACCUAGUGCCACUCUCAGACCACCUGAGAACUCAGUACAUUGAAGAAUUUUUUUUCUUGUGUAUGUUCUGGUAAUCCAUGGCCUGAAGGUUCCCAGAGAGAUCAAGAAAUGAGUAUCUUACACUGUGAUUCUGCGAGGAAAGACUGAUAACCCAAAACUCUCUUCUCUAAUGUAGUAUUUUUUAACAAGAAAACAAUAUUUCUUUAAUAAAGUAUUUAUACCAAA